UUUUAAUAUUUGUUAGGGAACGGUUCGUAUUUCGUUGGGUAGGAAAAAAUCAUUUUACUUUUACAGUUUUUAUUAACAAUGGAUUUUGAGACUGUUGAUUCGGUGUGUGAAAAUUUAUUUUCAGCUCAAAAUUUUUUUGCACUGCACGAGCGGCAAGUAAACAAACAAAAUUACAUUGACAUGGUGAGCACGGCGAUCGAGGAUCUCGACAAGUUCCGCUUGGAGAACGGUGGCGGAGAUGCUCGCGGAUCGUUGCUGCUGGGCGUCGGCUACUGUGGCAACAUGAACGAUGGCUCGACUACAGAUGCAACGGUAACAGCAGCGGUAUCAACAGAUGCAACAUCAGCAAUUGAAACAGGAUCAACAGAGCCGUUGACACCCAAUGACAAUGACGAGGCCACAAAUUCAUUAGAUUUUGACCUUUUGACAAUGAUGGGCUAUUGUGCCCCAACCGAUGGCAUCGCGCGACUCUGUCAGCCAAGUCCAGCACCACCGACCAUACAGAUUGCCGAUGAAAUAUAUGCACUUCGGUUGGAUACAAUCUUUGUAUUGGGCAUGCGUCAGAAUUUGACCAAGAAUGAUAUCGUAGUGUUCUUUGGCAAAAUUGGCCGCAUCAAGAUGGAUGAGCUGACCAUGAAGCCAAAGAUAUUUGUGUACAAGAAUAAGCUGACGGGGCGCUCGAAGGGUCAGGCGACCAUUACCUAUACGAACGCCUAUGCUGCUCAGGCGGCCAUACAAUAUUUAAAUGGAUCGAAAUUUCUGGGCCAUGUGCUCAGCGUUGUGCCCGCCUACCUUUCAACACGCCCGGGCAAAAGCGUACGUUUCUGUUACGCCCAGGAAACGGGUAUCGAGCAACAGCGUCGUCAGCGCCAGAAGAAAUGGAAGCCCGCCUACGACAAUUGGGUCUGUGAGCUGUGCAGGAAUAGCAACUUUGUGUGGCGCAUGACCUGCAAUCGUUGCAGGGUCAGCAAGUCGGAUGCCGGCGCCAUGUCCACAGUUGGUCAGACUCUGUGGCGUCCGCGGAAGCACGAUUGGAAUUGUUGCUAUUGCUUCAAUGACAACUUUUGGUAUCGUCAAAAAUGCAAUCGCUGCAAUGCACCCAAGACGGAUUUGCACUCCAUCUCGGAAACAGAUAGAGUAACGUGGGAGCUGGCCAUUCGGCAGACUUCAGUAGUUUAAUUUUUUUAUAAAUUUUUUUUUUUUUGAAUAAGUAACUUGACACUUUUAUAGGGCUGGCAGGUUUUGUACUUUCCCAUGUCAAUGGUAAACAAUAAAUGAAAAAUGAGCUCUCUACAUGUAAACUUCUAAAGACAUAUCAAAUUUAAUAAAAUUUCUAGAUGUAUAAAGUA